UGCCCUUUCUCUCCGUGCGCGAGCCCGACAGUCCAAAGUGGAAAGUAGCGCGAGCGUAAAACGAAGACGAAGAAAAGUCCCUUUACAGCCCCGGUCACGCGCGCGCACAUGUACGCGCUCAGCGGCGGGUCAGAGAAGACUCCCGGGAUCGAACAUCCGAACAUGGAGCGGGAGUCCCGGCUGUGACGGGGAUGGGAGGUCUGCUGGCGCCGCGGCUGCUGCUCUGGAGCUGCCUGCUGUCCGCGGGCUCGGGGUCUCCACUCCUUCUUUUUGCCAACCGGAGAGACGUCCGUCUGGUGGAUGGAGAGGGCCCGCGCGGGGAGUCGGCCAUCGUUGUUAGUGAUUUGGAGGAUGCAGCAGCUGUGGAUUUCUUUUUUGCUGAGGGCCUGAUAUUUUGGACGGAUGUCAGCGAGGAGGCCAUCAAACAAACACGCUGGAAUCAGUCAUCUAACUCACUGAAGGAGUCUCUGGGAACCGAUCAGAUCGUGGUGGUGCCGGGCUUGGACAGCCCCGAUGGGCUCGCCUGCGACUGGUUGAGUAAAAAACUUUACUGGACGGAUUCUGAGACCAACCGCAUUGAGGUGGCAAACCUUAAUGGCACCUCCAGGAAGGUCCUGUUCUGGAUGGACUUGGACCAGCCCAGGGCAAUUGCCCUCAACCCUGCACAACGAUACAUGUACUGGACGGACUGGGGGGAGGAGCCAAGGAUUGAGCGUGCCGGCAUGGACGGCAGCAGAAGAGAGGUGAUUGUUAAUGAAGACAUUUUCUGGCCAAAUGGUCUCACUGUUGACCUGGAGGAGCAGAAACUGUACUGGGCCGAUGCCAAGCUGAGCUUCAUCCACAGAGCCAACCUGGAUGGAUCUGCACGUGAGGCUGUGGUGGAGGGCACCCUGACGCAUCCUUUUGCUCUGACGCUGUCAAACGAGACUCUGUUCUGGACCGACUGGCAGACCCAUUCCAUCCACGCCUGCAACAAACACCGAGGAGACAAAACCAGAGAGAUCCUGGGUGGGAUUUACUCUCCAAUGGGCAUCCAGGUUCUGGAGUCAUACCGACAGCCUUACAUCCGGACCCCCUGCAGUGACAACAAUGGAGGCUGCAGUCAUCUCUGCUUGCUCUCACCAGUGCCCCCUUUCUACAGCUGCACCUGCCCUACAGGGGUCCAGCUCAGAGCUGACGGAAAGACGUGCAAGCCAGGGGCGGAGCAGGUUCUGCUGCUCGCUCGACGGACGGACCUGAGGAGAAUCUCACUUGACCUGCCAGACUUCACCGACAUAGUGCUGCAGGUUGAUGGGAUCCGCCAUGCCAUAGCUAUAGACUAUGACCCUGUUGAAGGGUAUGUGUACUGGACAGAUGAUGAAGUUCGAGCCAUCCGACGAUCCCGUCUCGAUGGCAGCAACGCCGUGAUGCUGGUCACCACAGAAAUUAACCACCCAGAUGGCAUCGCAGUGGAUUGGGUGUCCAGAAACCUUUACUGGACUGACACUGGCACCGAUCGCAUUGAGGUCACGAGGCUCAAUGGGACCUCUCGGAAAAUUCUGAUUUCUGAGAACUUGGAUGAACCCAGAGCCAUCGUUCUGGAUCCUGUGAAUGGUUACAUGUUCUGGUCUGACUGGGGGGAGCGUCCCAAAAUUGAGCGUGCCAACCUGGAUGGAACAGACCGGCUGGUCCUGCUUAACACUUCUCUGGGCUGGCCCAAUGGAUUAGCUUUGGACUAUGCUACAGGAAAGCUGUACUGGGGAGACGCAAAAACAGACAAAAUAGAGGUGAUCAAUGUGGAUGGCACGGGCAGAAAGACUCUGCUGGAGGACAAGCUGCCUCAUAUCUUUGGUUUCACUCUCCUGGGUGAUUACAUCUAUUGGACUGACUGGCAGAGACGAAGCAUUGAGAGGGUUCACAAAGUGACAGCUGUGAGAGAAAUCAUCAUUGACCAGCUGCCAGACCUAAUGGGGCUGAAGGCGACCAAAGUGACAGAAACCCACGGUACAAACGGCUGUGCGGUGGAAAACGGCGGCUGCAGCCACCUGUGUUUCUGGCGGCGGCGGGCAGUUAGCUGUGCCUGUCCAAUGGGGAUGGAGCUCCUCCCAGACCUUCAGACCUGCGUGGUACCGGAGGCCUUCUUGCUGUUCACCAACAGGGACAGCAUCAGGAGCAUUUCUUUGGGAACAAACAGCAAUGAUGUGGCCAUUCCUCUGACAGGAAUCAAGGAGGCCUCCGCUCUUGAUUUCGAUGUCUCUGAAAAGAGAAUAUAUUGGACAGACAUACAGGCCAAGACGAUCAGCAGGGCGUACAUGAACGGCAGCUCUGUUGAACACGUCAUUGAGUUUGGACUUGACUACCCAGAAGGCAUGGCAGUUGACUGGAUGGGUCAUAACAUCUACUGGGCAGACACUGGCACUAAUCGCAUCGAGGUGGCCCGCCUGGACGGCCAGUACCGGCAGGUUCUGGUCUGUAAAGAUCUGGAUAAUCCACGGUCACUGGACAACCCACGCUCCCUGGCACUGGACCCAGCUAACGGGUUCAUGUACUGGACCGAGUGGGGGGGUCUUCCUCGCAUAGCUAGAGCCUACAUGGAUGGCAGCAUCAUCACAACGUUGGUGGAAAAAGUGGGGCGUGCUAACGGGCUGACCAUUGACUACGUUGACCAUCGACUCUACUGGACCGACCUGGACACAUACAUGAUCGAGAGCUCCAACAUGCUGGGCCUUCAGCGGGAGAUCGUGGUGGACGACCUUCCCCACCCGUUCGGGCUGACUCAGUACAAGGAUUUCAUCUACUGGACGGACUUCAAUUUGCGCACCAUUGAGCGUGCAGACAAACGGGGGGGGCUGAACCGUACAGUGAUUCUAAAGGGUCAGCUGGAGCUGAUGAUGGACAUCCUGGUCUUCCACUCUUCCCGUCAGGACGGCACCAAUGAGUGUUCCCUCAACAAUGGCGACUGUGCCCACCUGUGCCUGGCCACGCCCACCGGUGCGCAGUGCCGCUGCACCUCCCACUACACUCUGAACCCUGACGGCCGGAACUGCAGCUCUCCGUCCAGUUUCCUGCUGUUCACUCAGAAGAACAGCAUCAGCAGGAUGGUUCUGGGAGAGCAGAGUCCUGACAUCAUACUGCCCAUUCACGUGGUGAAGGCCCGAGCAGUUCAUUACGACCCGGUGGACCGACUUAUCUACUGGCUUGACGGACGGCAGAACAUACGGAGGGCCAGAGACGACGGAGCCAUGUCUUCAGUGAUGGCAACCAGCACAGCUCAGCCAGUGGAGAACCAGCUUCACGACCUGAGCCUGGACCCCUACAGCCGCCAUGUUUACUGGACCUGUGAGAACACCAACACCAUCAACGUUCAGAGGAUGGACGGCCACACAGUCGGUGUGGUGGUUAAAGACAACACAGACAAGCCAAGGGCCAUUGUGGUCAACGCUGAGAGGGGAUACAUGUACUUCACCACAGUGCAGGAGCGCUCCGCCAAGAUCGAAGGAGCGAGUCUGGACGGGACCGAACGGGAGUCUCUGUUCACCACAGGUCUGAUCCGACCUGUCGCUCUGGCACUAGACAACAAGCUGGGAAAACUGUUCUGGAUCGAUGCUGACCUCAAACGCAUUGAGAGCAGUGACCUGACAGGAGCCAACCGUGUGGUCUUGCAGGACUCUAACAUUCUGCAGCCGAUGGGCCUGACGGUUCUGGGAGAACAUCUGUACUGGAUCGACCGGCAGCAGCAGAUGAUUGAACGGGUGGAUAAACUGACAGGAGACAGACGGACGCGGGUUCAGGGCCGCAUAUCCUUCCUGACAUCCAUCCAUGCUGUGGAGGAGAUGGACCCCCGGGAGUUUGAGUUACACCCUUGUUCCCGGAACAACGGGGGCUGCUCUCACAUCUGCAUUGCAAAAGGUGAUGGGACCCCCCGCUGCUCCUGCCCAAUCCACCUGGUUCUGGCUUCAGACCUGCUGCGCUGUGGAGAGCCCCCCACCUGCUCCCCAGAGCAGUUCACCUGCUCCACGGGGGACAUCGACUGCAUCCCUCUGGCGUGGCGCUGUGACGGCUUCCCCGAGUGUGAGGAUGGCAGUGAUGAAGACAACUGCCCCGUCUGCUCAGUGUCCCACUUCCAGUGUGAUGAAGGCAGCUGCAUCGACGCUCACAAACGCUGCGACGGAGAGCCGGACUGCGCCGACAAGUCGGACGAGCACGACUGUGAAGUCAUCUGCUCCCCUGGUGAGUUUCGAUGUGGCGAUAACCAGUGCAUCACUAAGAAGCAGCGUUGUGACGGAUACUCGGACUGUCCCGACGGCCUGGACGAGCUCGCCUGUGAUCAUGCCCCCCCUCCUUCAAGCUUCAACCAUGACCCUAAGCCCAUCAUCCCCGUCAUUGCAAUUAUGCUGCUCGUGUUUGUGAUUGGGGGGGUUUAUUUUGCCUGCCAGCGUGUGGAGUGGCGUUGCUAUAAGGGUCCCAACGGGACUUUCCCUCGUGAUUACAUCGGCGGGACCCCUCAUGUUCCCCUCAACUUCAUUGCCCCCAGCAGCUCCCAACACGGCACUUUUCAAGGUAUCUCAUGUGGGAAGUCCAUAAUGAGUUCGGUCAGCCUGAUGGGCAGCAGCAGCAGCGGGGCCCCUCUGUACGACCGGAACCAUGUGACCGGAGCGUCCUCCAGCAGCUCCUCCUCCACCAAAGGAGCCUACUACCCUCAGAUUCUGAACCCGCCUCCCUCUCCAGCCACUGACCGGUCCCUCUACAACACUGAGAUCUACUCGUCCAACAGCCCAUCCACCACCAGAUCAUACAGACCAUAUCACGCCAUCCGUGGUGCUGCCCCGCCCACCACGCCCUGCAGCACGGACGUCUGUGACAGCGAUUACACCCCCCACCACCUGGCAGCAGGACCGCCGCCCUCAGCGGGCCGCUGGAAGGCAUCGGCCCACAGCGGCAAACACAACAAGUACUACAUGGACCUGAACUCGGAUUCGGACCCGUAUCCCCCACCCCCCACGCCCCGCUCCCAGUACAUGUCUGCAGAGGAAAGCUGCCCGCCCUCCCCCUCCACCGAACGCUCCUACUUCCACCUAUGCCCCCCGCCCCCGUCCCCCUGUACCGACUCCUCAUGACCCCUCUACAAUCGGGGAACUCUCUGAGGAAUAGAGGGAAGAGGCCCCUCCCCCCAUCCAUUUGACCACUUGUGCAAACGUGCAGCUUCACCUCGCCGCUUCAUUCAACUGCUCUGGUUCUGGCCCCGCCUCCCAUCAUUCCAGGUGUUCUUAAGGUCUUGAGAGACGGAGUCCACCAAGGACAAGUGUCCACCAGUUCCUGCAGGACGUCCAGCCUCCACUGCUUUCUUCACGCCUCCACAUUUUAUUGGAAGCUAUGAGAGACCCCCACCCCCACCCCAGACCUCAGCCCCGCCCCCAGACCUCACAGAAGUGGGGAUCUGCUGAUCGAUUGGCUGUUGGACUAGGAUGGAGAAAGAGCUCUAUGCUUAGCAGCUCACUACCUGCAGCCUACAGGACCUCAGAGGGUGAAGCUCCUCCCCCUCCUCCUCCUCCGUCCUGUUUACCUAAACUACAUUUGCUGCUACUCUGGGUUGCAUAGACUGUGGUUCUGACUCCGCCUCCUCAAGCCCUGCUUGUGCUGUUGGGGGCAGAUGGGGGCAGCUCUGACAGGGGGAGCAGAGCCGUGACCCAUCAUGGAAGCCCGUUACCCAAAAAGCCCCCCCCCCCAUGAAAACGCACACAGACGUUCUUACGCUUGUGGUGGAUGUGAUGCUGGAAGAAACGUGACGGAGCCCCUGGUCCUGACGUUAUGAAAGCCAUAAAGACUGACUCACCUGUGAACAUCACUGCCCUGGUCUGAAGAACCGCCCCCAAAGAGAAGGACGCACUUCCUCACCGCCGAGCCCCUGCUGUGUUUGUGGGUCAGGCGCUCAGCCUCGCACCUCUGGAGCGUCCAGCCCCACCAGAGGACUUCUGCAGCUUCAGUGGUUGAAAGGAAAUCCACUCCUGUGUCUUCAUUCCAACGGGAUGAUGGUUGGCUUUCAGGACACGCGUUGGUCCAACCCUGAGGGUUGAAGAGUCUGCCUGUCAGACAGAUAUGUGGUCCGUCUUCACGUCUAAACCUGCAGGGCUGGACGUUUGUACCACAGCACGGAGGCUGUGAGGGAUUCUGAGCCUGCACAUCACUGCCACCCUCUGGCUUUAAAAGAGCAGUGGAGAUUUGAACAUUUACUGAGACUUGAUUUCCACUGAUGCCUGUUUGAACCCUCUGAAAGUCUUCCUCCAUGUUUGGUGGUCCUCAGCUGAAGCCCACAUGAACCGCUGCACCACUGAAAGCCUGUUUGCUGUCUCAACUUUCUUAAAGUGACAGAUUUUGUAUCAAAAGCAUUUUUAUAUAAUAAAGGUUUUAUUUUAAGGAA